AUGGCAGCUAACUACUGGGCUUCAACCCAGCGAAGGCACUGGCUAUUUACCAGGGAGCGCUUGGCGGAAAUUAGGGAGAGCUUCAAGGAGAAAGACAAAGCUGCGCAUUCGCAGUUCCCGCUGCCAGAUCAACGACUGCUCAAUAUCUAUUUCAACCAGCAGCUCAUCAAACUCGGCAAGAGGAUGGCAACCAGGCAGCAAGCACUAGCCACGGCUCAGGUGUAUAUCAAACGAUACUACACUAAGAACGAGAUCAGGAACACGAACCCGUAUCUUGUUCUGACUACGGCCUUUUAUCUCGCCUGCAAAAUGGAAGAAUGCCCUCAGCACAUCAGAUUCGUGGUCGGCGAGGCUCGGGGUCUCUGGCCAGAGUUUAUCGCUCCUGACGUCUCCAAAGUCGGCGAGUGCGAGUUCUCGCUGAUUUCAGAAAUGCAAGCCCAAAUGAUUGUGCAUCAUCCCUACCGAACUCUAUCGGAGCUCCAGCCUGAGCUAUCCCUCACGUCUGAUGAGAUUGCGCUUGCAUGGUCAGUGAUCAACGAUCACUACCUCACUGACUUGUCUUUGUUGUAUCCGCCUCACGUUAUCGCAGUCAUGGCCGUCAUUGUCGCUGUUGUUUUCAAGCCCAGCAGCCAGACAGGAUUCCAUGGCUCUGCGGCUCCAAUAGCAGGGGCAAUGCGAGACGGCGGUAUGAAUAUUCUAGCGGCCCUCGGUGACAAGGGAGGAGCUGGUCCUCCUCCCAGGAUUCAGAAGCUCAUAGCAUGGCUUGCCGAGAGUGAGGUCGACAUUAAGGCGGUGAUUGAGUCGACCCAGGAGUUGGUGUCACUAUACGAAGUAUGGGAACAAUACAGUGAGAAGAAUUGCAAGGAGCUUCUAGGCCGCUUGGUAAAGAGCAAAAGCUUGGACAAAUGA